AUGCGGCCCGUGUCGUCCGGGGCGCAAGGCACGCCCGGCACGCCGCCUCCCGUGGCGGACGCCCAGUUCCAGGCCGUGUCCGUCGCCGACGCUGUCCAGCGCCUCGAGGCUGUGGCCCGCCCUGACGGCCCGACGACGGCCUUGCCGGCGAGCGCGCGAGACCCUGCGCCUCCCCGCCUCCGCCUCAAGCAGCCGGCGUCCGCGACGCUCACAAGCUGCGCCGACGACACCGUCGAGAGCGUCGUUGAGAGUGCCGUCAACGGUUCCGUCAAGAGUGCAGUCGACGGCGACGUUGGGAGUUCUGUCGAGAGUUCCUUCGAGAACGCUGUCGAGAGCCCCGUCGAGAGCCCCGCCAGCCCCGUCGAGAGCCCCGUUGAGAGCCCCGCCAGCCCCGUCGAGAGCCCCGUCGAGAGCGCUGUCAACGCGAACUUCACCGUCAAGAGCGCCGUCAAGAGUGCUGUCAACGGCACUCGCAAGCCACACGCGGUUCUUCGGAAGCAAGUAUCUUUCAGUGACCUGGUGCUGGAGAUCCCCUUGCAGGCGGACGACGACAACGAUGACAGUCCCGACGUUGCCCCUCAUGAUGACUCGCUGCACCAAGUCCGCUUCGCAGACGGGGGGGUGUCGGGUCGACGAGUUCCUGGUGCUGUCGCAGAGGAUGUUCCCCAGGCCAGUACUCUGAAAACGAACCCCAGUCCCAUGGUGGACCAAAGUCUCGAGGCAGGGCAUAGUCCUGAAACAAACCCCUGCCCCGAAGUAGACCAGAGUCUCGAGGUCGAGGCUAGGAACAGUCCCUACACGAGCCCCAGCCCUACAAUCGACUCCAGCACGAAGGAGAAGGGGAAGGGCAGUACCAAAGCAGAUCUCGGCCCCGAGGGAGAGUCCAAAACGAACCUUCUAAGUCAGUCCAGGCUGCCCAUAGGUGUCAAUAAGCCCCAGAACGGAGAGAAGCCCGAGUUGCCACAUCGGCUGUCCCUGAGAGGCAUGAUCAUCCCUGACAUCCUCCCCGUCAACAUGUUACGAAGCCACCCCAAGCUCAAGAAGGCCACCGACGUGUCCAAAGGGUCCAAAGCCCCCUACCGCUCCGUUCCCCUCUGCUUGCCGUCGCCUGCCUCGGCGAGCGAGUAG